GCCGCGGAGAUGGUUUCUGCGAGCGGCGGCCUUGCAUAUUCUCCCAGCGUCGGGAGCCCGGCGCGUGCACCUGCGGGCGGGGGAAGUUGCCAUCAGCGUCCCGGGGUGUUUGCAUCUCGGCAGCUCCACUCUUGGAGCUCCCGGGAAUGGAGCGGGCGACCGGAGCUGCCGCUGUUUGAUGUGCUGUGACUGAGAAAUCAGCUUUCCGCUGCCAUUGCUAUGCCGCUGGAGAUGGAACCCAAAAUGAGCAAGCUGGCCUUUGGCUGCCAGAGGAGCUCUACCUCGGAUGACGACUCGGGCUGUGCGCUGGAGGAGUACGCCUGGGUGCCCCCCGGGCUCCGGCCCGAGCAGAUCCAGCUUUAUUUUGCUUGCUUACCGGAGGAGAAGGUUCCUUAUGUUAACAGCCCUGGAGAGAAACAUCGAAUUAAACAGCUUUUGUACCAGUUGCCACCACAUGAUAAUGAGGUGCGGUAUUGCCAGUCUUUGAGUGAAGAGGAGAAGAAAGAAUUGCAAGUGUUCAGCGCCCAGCGGAAGAAAGAAGCCCUUGGAAGAGGCACAAUCAAACUCUUGUCCAGAGCGCUGAUGCACGCUGUGUGCGAGCAGUGCGGCCUGAAGAUCAACGGAGGCGAGGUUGCCGUGUUUGCGUCCCGUGCGGGGCCCGGGGUCUGCUGGCACCCAUCCUGUUUUGUCUGCUUCACAUGUAAUGAGCUACUGGUCGACCUCAUCUACUUUUAUCAGGAUGGGAAGAUUCACUGUGGCAGGCACCACGCUGAACUGCUGAAGCCGCGGUGUUCAGCAUGUGACGAGAUCAUUUUUGCCGAUGAGUGCACAGAAGCUGAGGGUCGCCACUGGCACAUGAAGCACUUCUGCUGCCUCGAGUGUGAGACGGUCCUGGGAGGACAGAGGUACAUCAUGAAGGAUGGCCGUCCCUUCUGCUGUGGCUGCUUUGAGUCCCUGUACGCAGAGUAUUGUGAGACCUGCGGGGAGCACAUCGGUGUCGACCACGCACAGAUGACCUACGAUGGACAGCACUGGCACGCGACAGAAGCCUGCUUUUCUUGUGCCCAGUGUAAAGCCUCUUUGUUGGGAUGUCCCUUCCUUCCCAAACAAGGUCAGAUUUAUUGCUCAAAAACAUGUAGCCUCGGAGAAGAUGUCCAUGCCUCAGAUUCUUCCGAUUCUGCAUUUCAGUCAGCUCGAUCAAGAGACUCCAGAAGAAGCGUCCGAAUGGGCAAUAGCAGUCGGUCAGCCGAUCAGUGUAGACAGUCUCUUCUCCUGUCCCCUGCUCUGAACUACAAGUUUCCUGGCCUUUCCGGCAAUGCUGAUGACACCCUGUCUCGGAAAUUGGAGGACCUGAGUCUCUCUAGGCAAGGAGCAAGUUUCGUCAAUGAAGAAUUUUGGAAAGGCAGGGUAGAGCAUGAAACUCCAGAAGACCCCGAAGAAUGGGCUGAACAUGAAGAUUAUAUGACUCAGCUCCUCCUCAAGUUUGGUGAUAAAAGCCUAUUUCAGCAGCAGCCCAAUGAGAUGGAUAGUCGCGCUAAUGAGCAUUGGCUAUCUGAUAACAUGGUUAAAAAUAAGACUGAGUUGAAGCAAAAUAACCAGAGCCUGGCAAGUAAAAAAUACCAAUCUGAUAUGUAUUGGGCACAGUCACAAGAUGGACUGGGAGACUCUGCUUACGGCAGCCACCCAGGCCCUGCCAGCAGUAGAAGGCUCCAGGAAUUGGAUCUGGACCAUGGGGCUUCGGGAUAUAAUCACGAUCAAACACAGUGGUAUGAAGAUUCCCUGGAGUGUUUGUCAGACUUGAAACCAGAGCAAAGUGUUCGGGAUUCUAUGGAUUCUUUGGCUUUGUCUAAUAUCACAGGCGCCUCCGUGGAUGGAGAAAGCAAGCCAAGACCAUCCUUAUAUUCUCUGCAGAACUUUGAGGAAAUAGAGGCAGAAGAUUGUGAGAAAAUGAGCAACAUGGGCACUCUGAACUCUUCCAUGCUGCACAGGAGCGCGGAAUCCUUAAAGAGUCUAAGUUCAGAGUUGUGUCCAGAAAAAAUCAUGCCUGAAGAGAAACCAGUCCACCUGCCAGUGCUCAGGAGGUCCAAGUCUCAGUCCAGGCCGCAACAGGUCAAGUUCUCCGAUGAUGUCAUUGACAAUGGGAACUAUGACAACAUCGAGAUCCGCCAGCCUCCCAUGAGCGAGAGGACUCGGAGACGGGUCUACCAUUUUGAAGAGCGGGGCUCCAGACCUCACCACCAUCGCCGCCGAAGAAGCAGGAAGUCCCGCUCUGACAAUGCCCUGAACCUUGUUACUGAGAGGAAAUACCCUCCCAAAGACAGACUGCGGCUCUACACCCCUGACAACUACGAGAAGUUCAUUCAGAGUAAGAGCGCCCGCGAGAUGCAGGCCUACGUCCAGAAGGCCGACCUCUAUGGGCAGUAUGCCCACGCCACGUCUGACUACGCGCUGCAGAGCCCGGGCAUGAACAGGUUCCUGGGCCUCUACGGCGAGGACGACGACUCCUGGUGUUCCUCUUCCACCUCUUCCUCUGACUCAGAAGAAGAAGGCUAUUUUCUCGGACAGCCAAUUCCUCAACCCCGGCCGCAGAGAUAUGCCUACUAUCCAGACGACCUGUCCAGCCCCAACUCUGCGCUCCCCACGCCUCAGUUCGGUCAGAGGACAACUAAAUCCAAGAAGAAAAAGGGCCACAAGGGCAAAAACUGUAUUAUUUCUUAACCUAGUAGCUGUGGAGGUCAUGUUCGAGCUCAGCCAUUCACCAUCUUGAAUCAUAUCUUUUUCUCCCAUAGGAAGUUACUAAGAUAGUUUAAAGUGCUUUGCCCAUGUAUAUGAGACCGUGACUGCUGUUUACAGUAUCUGAUUAACAUUCGGAAGAUAUGAUUUCCCCAGUUGACCCUCCUUGGAUGGGGCCAGGUUGACAGAACAGCUCAUACCUGUAAAGUACAUCACUUUUAUACAGCUGGUAUUGGUCUGUAGUCGGCAAAAGAAUCCUCAAGAAACUGCCAGAAGGUGAUUGGACAGGGGUGUUCAUUUUAGACAAUGGAGAACUUCAGCUGCUUAGUAAAGCAAUAGUGUUUGUCAUUCCCUGAUGCCAGGUUGGCCCCCCUGGGCCUGAUGAGUCUGCCUCGUUGUGUGGGGUGCAGGUAGUCAUGCUGACCACCAUCGUGGGAGACCACCUUGCCCCCUUUUACCCCUCACUAGCCGGGUAAACAUCGUAUUAGCUCCAGCUACAGAUGGAAAAAAAAAACAUUGCUAUUUAUAAUGUAGUAUUUCAUAGACUUAAGUGUAUUCCUAAUUUAAUGGUGCAAAUAUUAAUGUACAUACUGUACAGUUCAGAUUUUAAAGCUGAUAUUUUUAUAUCCCUGAAUUGCAAGAUGUUUGUUACACUGCAGUGCUAGAUUUGUUAGGGAACCAGAAACAGCAUUGAAGGAUGAAAUGAUUGCUUGUAUUUUAGUCAGGGUUUAUAAGUUUAGACAAAUUUAUAUUGCCUAGUGAUGGAAAGUUGAAUUUUUUUUGAUUUUUCAGUACUAAAAAGGCUCUGUAUGCAUGGUGAGGCUAUGUAAAUACUCUGUAAAACUAUGGCCCUAUUAAUCUUACGAGUGUUAUUUAUGGGUCAAGCAAUGUAAACUGUAUAAAUGUAAAAACAAGCAAAAAAACCCGCACAUACCCCUGGAAUAUAUGGUAAAAAACAAGUAGAAACUGUCUGGGCAGAUGUUUCCCCCCACACUUAGGGGCGGGAGGAGGGGCUUCCCUUCUCAGCAAGGUGGUGAUUCUCUCGUGGGAAGAGACCCAGCCUCCAUGGAUCUGCUUUGUUUGUGGCAGAGGAUUUCAUCAGUUCAUUGUUCGGAGACAGGUUAUUCCUUUCUGUCCCUCCCUUUCUGCUAAUUUGUUGGCCUUUAGUGGCAGUUUUAAAACUUGGCCUUCUGGUUAUUUUCUUUUAAACUCUUGAAAUUAGAGGAUGCUAGUGACUUCGCAAUGAUGGGAGGUACUCACUUCAAGGGGGAAUGUCGUCGGGUUGGAUUUGAACUAAUGCGGUGAUGGUGUGCUACGUGCCAGUCUUGCACACACGUCACAGUUCUAACUACAGGUCACCUACAGCCCUAUCUUGGACCUUUGAGGAGGCAUUUAAUAAACACUUGAUAAAUAACAAACUACCUUUUGAACACAAGUCUUUGCCAACAUACCCAACUGAAUUCCAUGUUGCGCCUCUGUCAGCCAUGAUGGAUUUGCCAUUCUCCUACCACUUGUUUGACCAAUGUGCCCACUUGCCUUCACUCCUACAGGGGAAAUAGGGCUUGAAGCACAGAGGCAAGCUACAAACUGUAACUGAGGAAGAGCUGUGAGACCUUAGGGAGUAAGGCCAUCAAUGCAACAGGUAAACCAGUGUUCGACAGCAGCCUCUGCCCUGUGGCUGGACUAUUGGCUGGGCAGAGCCCUUUGAGAAACGCAGCAAUAGCGAGAGAUGACCCUAUCUGGUCUUGGUUCGUUCUAAAAAUGAAAGUGAAAAGGAAAUUAAGUUUUUUUAAGGGUCCCUGAGUUCCUGAGGAGGUCCUACCCCCAGGGCACAAUGAGUCCCUUGGUAGGUAGAAAUGCCUGGAAGGUAUCUCUUCUUUGGGAAAAAAAAACUGAGAAGGGCUUGCCAAUGACACUCUUGAUACAACUGAAAAAAAAAUACACAGAGACACACAUGACACAAUGACAUGGGCAGUCAUUGCCUUUCCACACUUCAUUCCUAGUCCUUCAUUUGCCCUCUAUACCCACGUCUAGUAUAUUCUUCGGACGUUCAAAGCCUUGUUAUAAAAAUGUUUUUUAAAAUGGUAGCAAACUACUUAGAGUGAUUGGCUUUUUUUUUUACUUUCUAUGUGGACAUUGCACAUUAGUAAAGUCGUGCGUCACGUAACGAGAUAGUAAUAGUCCGAGAAAUGUGCUGGUAGGUGAUGUCAUUGUGUGACUGUCACAGUGUAAUUACAGACACCUGGAUGGGACCCCCACUCCACACCUAGCUACAAGCAGAGCUUGUAAUGAACAAAACACCCUUCAGCGUUCGUGCCUGAGACCCCACCUUAUUCAUGACAGCGAAGUAACAGGCCACUUUUGCAGGCCACAUUAUCU